UCCUCCAUUCAUACAUCCCUCUCUUUGCCCUAACCGGUCCAUCCGGUUACACGUCCACGGUUCUCUUCUCUCUUCUCUUCCCUCUUCGAACAGAAAGAAAGAAGUCAAAGAACUCGUUACGACGCUGACGCUAACCCGGGUUUGUUCUUUUUCCCUCGUAUUCCCAAUUCUUGCAUCCAAAUCGUAAAGUUGGAGGGGUUUUGAGGUUGAUUUAAAUGAGUUCAAUUAUAAACCUUGAGGAGGUUCCAGUUACACCCAUGAAACGUGAUCCUGCAUGGAAGCAUGUUCAGAUGUUUAAGAAUGGGAAGAAGGAGCAACUUAAGUGCAUAUAUUGCAUGAAGUUGUUCAAUGGUGGUGGCAUUUAUAGGGUUAAGGAACAUCUUGCUUGUAGGAAGGGCAAUGGAUCCAUUUGCAGUCUUGUUCCCAAGGAUGUUAGGUUUCAUAUGCAGCAGAGCUUGGAAGAUAGUGGGACGAAGAAUAUUAAGAAAGGGAAGAAGCAGAAGCAGCAGAAGCAGCAGAAGAAGCAGAAGAUUGAGGAAGAGGUCAUGCCCUUGGUUUCAAAUCAGGUGGAUGAGAAUGAUGAGGUAGUGGAUGCUCGUGUUGGUGAGGGGAUGAGUAAAAAUGCAGCAAUGAAGAAGAGGAAGAAGCAGAAGGCUGAAGAAGAAGAGACCAUGGUUUCAAAUCAGGUGUUUGAGAAUCAUGAAUUAGUGGUUGCUGGUGAAGGAAUGAGUAUAAAUUUAGUGGAUGCUCAUGUUGGUGAGGGGAUGAGUAAAAAUGCAGCAAUAAAGAAGAGGAAGAAGCAGAAGGCUGAAGAAGAAGAGACCAUGGUUUCAAAUCAGGUGUUUGAGAAUCAUGAAUUAGUGGUUGCUGGUGAAGGAAUGAGUAUAAAUUUAGUGGAUGCUCAUGCUGGUGAGGGGAUGAGUAAAAAUGCAGCAACGAAGAAGAGGAAGAAGCAGAAGGCUGAAGAAGAAGAGACCAUGGUUUCAAAUCAGGUGUUUGAGAAUCAUGAGUUAGUGGUUGCUGGUGAGGGAAUGAGUAUAAAUGUAGAAAUGACGAAGAACUCAACACCGAUGCACUCUACAGAUAUUGAUGCUGAUUCUGAAGCUGUUCUUGCGGUGGAGAAAAAUGCAUUGGGUCCCAAAGGGUUUGACAAUGACAUUAAGACGGCAAUAGGUCAGUUUUUGUAUUAUGUUGGUGCACCUUUUGAUGCUGUGAACUCAGUCUAUUUUAAACAGAUGGUGGAGGCAAUUUCUUCAAGGGGUUCGGGAUUUGAGUGUCCCUCGCAGCAUGAACUCCGCGGUUGGGUCCUGAAAUACUCUGUGGAAGAAAUGAAGAAUGAUGUAGAGAGGUGCAGGUUGAAAUGGGGGAGGACAGGCUGUUCUAUCUUGGUUGAUCAGUUGACUACAGAAGCCGGUAGAGUGCUGCUAAAUUUUUUUGCCUGUUUUCCCGAUGGAAUAAUCUGUUUGAAAACCUUUGACUCGACCGAGAUUUUUGUUCCCGCAAAGUGUUAUGAGUUGAUAAGACAAAUAGUAGAAGAAAUUGGAGUUGGACAUGUGCUGCAAGUGAUUACACCAGGUGAAGAACUAUAUGCUGUUGCUGGUAAGUGGCUAACUGAUACUUUUCCUACCCUUUUUUGGAGCCCUUCAGCAGCUUAUUGCAUUGAUCUGAUAUUUGAAGAUUUUGGAAAUCUUGAGUGGAUUAGUAUUGUGAUUGAACAAGCUAGAUCUAUAACUAGAUUUGUCUACAAUUGUAGUGCAGUCUUGAGUAUGGUUAGAAGGUAUACUUUAGGGAAUGAUAUUGUUGAUCCUGCAUUCUCACACUCGUCAACAAACUUUUCCACAAUAAAACGAUUUGUUGAUCUCAAACACAAGUUACAGACCAUGAUCACAUCUCAAGAGUGGAUGGAUUGUCCAUACUCAAAGAAAGCAGAAGGUUUGGAAAUGUUAGAUAUCCUGAGUGAUAAAGUUUUUUGGUCCUCAUGUCAAAUGGUCGUUCGUCUAACAGCUCCUCUCUUGGGGGUCCUGAGAAUAGCUACUAGUGAGUUGAAACCUGCAAUGGGAUACAUUUAUGCUGGAAUUUACCGGGCAAAAGAAGCUAUUAAGAAAGCACUUGUUAAGAGGGAGGAUUAUAUGGUGUACUGGAAUAUUAUACAUAACAGAUGGGAAAGGUUGUGGAAUCAUCCCCUUCAUGCUGCUGGCUUCUACCUUAAUCCAAAGUUCUUCUAUAGUAUUCAUGAGGAUAUGCAAAAUGAGAUUCUCUCAAGGUUGUUUGAUUGUAUAGAGAGAUUAGUUCCUGAUACAAGAAUCCAAGAUAAAAUUGUCAAGGAGAUAACCUUAUACAAGACUGCUGCUGGAGAUUUCGGGAGAAAGAUGGCAAUCAGAGCUAGAAAUAAUCUGCUUCCUACUGAAUGGUGGUCAACAUAUGGAGGAGGCUGCCCCAACUUAUCCCGUUUAUCAAUUCGUAUUCUCAGUCAGACAUGCAGUUUGCCAAUGUACAAGAGAAACCAGAUGUCUUUCGAACAAAAAGUGAAUUCGGGGAAUUUUAUAGUAAGCCAACAUCUCAGCGAUCUUGCCUUUGUUCAGCACAACUUACAAUUAAGACAAAUGCUCACUAGCAAAGAACAAAAUUUUAGUGAUCCGUUAUCUUUCAAUAGCAUUGGCAUGGUUGAGGAGUGGAUCAGGCCAAGUGAUUUACUCUUUGAAGAGAAUGGGAGCUCAUAUUGGAUGGUACUUGACCCUUCUGUUAACUCAAUGCUCAUAAGGCCGUCAAAUGAUGAAGCUGAAGAAUUGGGCGAAGGGUUUGAUGAUGAUGAAAUUUUCAAUUAUGGGAAAUAGAUAGUGGAUGAUCCAGAGAGCCAUUGUUUUGGUCUGUAUGAUCCAUGCUGAUGAGGGACAAUAGAUAGUGGAUGAUCCUCGUUAUUGCCCAGCACAGAAAAUGCGUAUUAUUUACAUUUUCCAGUUGUUUUCCUGAUGCUAGUGGCUAAUUGCUAGGUGGACUUUUUGGGAAGAGGAGGAUGUCCCAAUUCUUGUUAGAUCUGUUACUUCUUGUACAGUUGCCUAUGUUUAUUUGCUAGUUUUGCAGCGUGUGUCGCUCCAAUUUAGGGUACAACUCUUACAAACUUGAACUCUUAAGUGUAACAGAACGAGCUAGUGGAUCUUGAAUGUGUUUUGGCUAAGAUUGUUCAUCUUGUGAAUUGAUAUGUUUGGCUGUUUGCAAUUGCGAAAUGUCUCUCGGAUUUUUUUUUGC